AUGAAGCUGUUCUUAUUGCUCUUCGCCUGUUUCCUUGCGUUCUCCCAGGCCGCAAUUUUAGGAAUAGAUUUUGGUCAUAAGUACACCAAAAGCGUUUUGUUGGCACAAGGAAUCCCAUUUGACAUACUAUUGACAGGAGAGGGAAAGAGAAAAGAUUUGUCAGGACUUUGUAUUCGUCCCCAAAAUGGAGAUGACAUAGAAAGAGUCUUUGGUUCCAAUAUGGGAUCGCUCACCACAAGAUUUCCUGGAAAUUGCGUCGUCGAUCUUAAGAUGCUAAUUGGAAGAUCUAUCGAUGACCCCCAGUGUGAAAAGUUUAUCGAAAGGUAUCCUGCGCUCAAAUUAGUUCCGGAUAUGUCUCGAAAUAACUCUGUCAAGGUUGACUUUGAGCUCGGCAAUCAAUCCUACAUUUUUUCAGUUGAAGAGUUAUUAGCAAUGCAGUUGAAUAUUGUUAAGCAAAGGGCGGCAAUGGCACUAAAACAAAGCGAUUCCGUUGUUUCAAUUGCAGAAGAUGUAGCUAUAUCCGUCCCUCCUUUUGCAAAUUGGGAGACAAGACAAGGUUAUUUGGAUGCUAUUCAUUUAGCGAAUUUUUCCAGCUUUGUAGGAUUAAUUGAUGAAGGAACAGCCGUUGCGUCAAAUUUCUUGGUUAACAGGAUUAUUGGCGAAGCAGAUGAAGGAAAGGAGUAUCAUUUGAUUUUUGAUAUGGGAUCAGGAUCUACUGUCGCUACUCUAUUUUCUGUAACACCGUUUAAGAACAAAACAAUUGAACUAGACAUGCUUAACGUAGGAUAUGAUGAAUUUUUAGGUGGUGACGUGUUUACCGACUCAGUCGAUUCCAUCAUAAAAAAGAAGCUUUUAGAAAGUUUUAAUAUCGAUCUGUCUGAACUUACUACCAAGAUAUCAGCAAGGAUCAGAGAAACAGCUGAGAAGGCUACUACUAUUUUAUCUGCAAAUUCUGAGUAUCAGAUUUCUCUUGAAUCGAUUUACGAUGACCAGGAUUUUAGGGCCAAAGUAACUCGUGAAGAAUUCGAAAAGGUUAAUGAAGAUAUUAUCUUUAGAAUUACGAAGCCUGUUUUAGACGCUCUCAGUGGAUUUCAGAUCAACAAUUUAAAAUCUGUUAUUUUAAAUGGUGGAUCAACAAGAGUUCCAUUUGUUCAGAAGCAUCUUGCUGCUUUAGUAGGUGACGACAAGAUUUCCAAAACCGUCAAUACCGACGAAAGUUGCGCUCUAGGCACCACAUUGAGAGCUUACACUUUAAAAACUGGAAACUCUAAUGUUGAUUUAAAAGACAGAAUAUAUCAUAACUAUGAACUAUCCAUCAAUGGCGAUCCAAAGAUUGGAUUAUUCGAAAAAGGAUCUCUUGCUGGCACAAAUAAAAGACUUAGAUUGGGCCAACUAAAAGACGAAUACAUAGUUGAUCUCUAUGAGGAUGGUGAGUUGCUCCACAGUUAUAAAUUUGAAAAUGUAUUGAAGAAGGCGAAUAAAUUGAGAUGCGAAAGCAUUGACUUCUUUCUGCUGUUUAACUUAGAUUACAAUAAGAUGCCUAGGUUACUAGCUUCUGAAGUCAUAUGCUCAAAGGAUUCGAAAAAGACUGAAAAGAAGGGCAUUUUCAAGAAUCUAUUAAAGGACAAAAAAGUUUCCGAUGAUGAUUCUUCGACUGGAACGGAUCAGUCUGCGACUGAUACUUUAGAUACCGAAACUGCAUUAAACAACACAAAUUCUACGAGGAAGCAUUACUUUUCUCAUGGCGUUCCUAUCUAUGUAAGUAACCCUGAUCCUCAUUUUGCUAGAGUAAAUCCAAUUUCGAAUGAUGGAAAGAGACUGAGCUUAGAUAAAUUAUCAUAUCUUAAUUUGAAAGAUAGUUUGAAAGCUGAGCUUGACCACGAAAAAAAUGUAUUGGAAAGUAAAUGUUACGACUUACGGACUUUUAUUGAUAAUAACGAAAAAGCUAUGGAAAAAGAAGGAAUCGAAACUUCCAAAUAUACUUCUUUUGUAAACGAUGUUAUUGAGUGGUUAGAUUUUGAAAGUGAUGACUCUUCUAUCCAGGAUGUAAAGAACAAAAUUACCAAAGUGCGAUCGAUGCAAAAAGAGUUGAACGACUUUUUAGAAAUGUCAUGGACUGAUUUAUCUUUCGACAACUUAAAAAAAUUAUACUCAGAGGGGACAUCAAAAUUAAUGAAGGUGCAGUCUUUUUUCAUGGACGCUGGUGAUGAAAUUAGUAAUUUACGAAAACGAUAUGAAGAAGAGGGUUUUAAUUUUGAUAAGUUACACGAUAAACUUAAACUUGAAUCGUUAAAAAAUUCAAAGUUACUUGAAAUAGAUUCCACGAUUUCAAAAGUUAGAAAGACUUUUGAUGACUUUGCAAAAUUCACUGAAAAGCCGAAGAAGCUCGAAAGUUUAAGCAGGCAAAAGAUUUUUGGAUAUUUCACGGCUUUGUCAAAUGGUCUUAAGAGCAUAGAAGAAGGUUUUGAAGCCUUAGAAAAGAGCCAUCGAGAGCGCCUCACUAGUUUGCAAACUAAGUUUGAAAGUAUGCUCAAAAAGAAAAUUCGUGAAGCUGAGAGAAAGAAGUCGAGAGAAGAGCGAAAAGCUGCUCAAAGAGCCGAAAAGGAAGCUUCGGAGAGAGAAAAUAGUGAUAUUACAGCAACUUUCAUUGAAGAGGAUGCCGACGACAGCUCAGAAACAGUAGGGACUUCAAGUUCCAAUCUUCACGAAACAUCUUCUUCUUUCGAGCAUGACGAGUUAUGA